AUGGGGACGCGAGUGUCCAACACAUUUUCCAUAGUGAGGACGUGCGCAUCCACCUCUUUCCCCUUUUCGUCCACCUGCCAUACAAUUGCCGCGCUCCACCGGUGGAUGCAGAUGAACGUCCUUAAGGGAUCAAUCAAUGAUCCUGAAAUCGGCGCAAGAGAUUCUCUGCCCUGCAGUUGUGGAGUUUCUGAAGAUGAGGAAACAUCCUAUGAUUCUCAAGAGAUACUGGAGGAGUCUGAUUUGAACCGAAUCAUAGGAGGAACACCCGUCCCAAGUCAGAGGAAGUAUCCUUGGAUGGCAUGGAUGACUGAUGGCGCUGGGUUCUGCGGAGGAGCCCUCAUCAAUGAUCGCUACGUCCUCACUGCUUCCCACUGCGUCUUCCAAAAUUCGUCCGGAAAGUACAAUGUGACUCUGGGAAACCUGGACGUGUUCAAUACAUCUAAUCCCGAGGCCAUCAAGAUUUCAGCGACUGCCAUCAUGCAUCCUGAAUUCAAAAAUGUAACUUCUGGGAACGACGUCGCCCUUUUGAAACUCGACACUCCAUUGAACUUCACAGAUCAUCCGCACAUCUGCCCCAUAUGUAUCUCCACUGAUGUCAACCCGAAUCCAGGAACAAAAGUGACGAUCGCGGGGUGGGGUCGCAUUUCAGGAGGUGGCCCUAUGUCGGGUAAGUUACGAGAAGCGACAGUGUACGUGAUCAGUCAAGAGGCUUGUCAGGACAAUUUCCACAUGGUUAACAUCUCCGAGAACGUAAUCUGUACGCAGUCCGGUGGAAAAAACGUCUGCAACGGUGAUUCUGGGAGCUCGUUGAUGUACCAAACUCCUGCUGGAUACUACAUAAGCGCUGGGAUCACGUCAUUUGGUAGAGAAGGUUGUUCGCCUGAAUACGGAGCCGUCUUCACAAGAACAGCGAAUUACUUGCGAGAUUUCGUCAAGAGCAACACCGAAGAUGCUGUUUGGUGCCGACCACCCAGUGGUGCCCAGUCCCUUCGUUCUUCGAAGUACUUCCACUUUCAUCUUUUCUGGUUUCUUGCUUCUCUUCUUGUUCUCUCGUCCUGGAAAUGAAACAUCCCUUCCCU